CGACGUAGUUAGGAUCCAACCAGAUAUAAAUUAGAAGAAUUUGCGGGGUUUUGUGAUUUCCAAUAGACUUGGGUCUCUGAAAAGCCAAUCGCAAGUUUUGUGGUUUUCUUAUUCAUCUCAACACUCACCCUGAAGCUUAGCAGAGGCAGCAAUGGCCAAAACUUAUACCUUUGAGGAGGUCGGUAACCACAAUCACAAAGAAGAUUGCUGGAUUAUUAUCCAUGGCAAGGUGUAUGAUGUGACCUCAUUUUUGUAUGAUCAUCCAGGAGGUGGUGAUGUUUUCCUGGUGGCCGCCGAUGAGAAGGAUGCAUCCGUUGGAUUUGACGAAGUUGGGCACAGUGAAUCUGCCAUAGAAAUGUUGGAAACAUACUAUGUUGGAGAGCUUGAUACUGACACCAUUACUUCUACCACUGUUUCCGACGGAGAAAACCAUGCUCUGCCGCCACACGCACCCGCCGCCACCAAAACCAAUCAUAGCUUUGCUGUGAAGAUCCUGGUGGCGUUGCUCAUGCUGGCGUUGCCUUUUGUUGUUCAAUACUAUUAUGGCAAAGGAAACGACCCUCCCAAUGGUGAAAACUGAAGAACUUGAGCUACCUAUGUAGUUUUAUUCUUUUCAAUAACGAAUAUCAUUGCAAUUCUUCUUUGUUUCUAUGUUAUGCUAUGCCUUCUUGCUUAGCCUUGCUAGCUGUUCAUUUAGAUAAAGUUAACGAUGUCUGGAGU